AUGGGCGGCUCUGUAUCGAAAUAUCUCUCCAGCCUGAUCUGGGGCAAGAAGGAUAUCCGAAUUUUGAUUCUAGGCCUCGACAAUGCUGGCAAAACAACACUCCUAUACAGAUUGAAGAUUGGCGAAGUGGUAACAACAAUACCGACCAUCGGAUUCAACGUCGAAUCUGUCCAAUAUGGCAAUCUCAACUUCGACGUCUGGGACCUCGGUGGACAGACGUCUAUACGACCGUACUGGCGGUCAUACUAUGCCAACACAGCAGCUGUUAUAUUCGUCAUCGAUUCGACUGAUAUUGAACGAUUAGAGAUCGCUGCCGAUGAGUUGCGGUCUAUGUUGAACGAGGACGAGCUGAAAGACGCGGCUUUGUUAGUCUUUGCCAACAAACAAGAUCAGCCAGGGGCACAAGGUGCAGGGGAGAUCUCGGAAGCCUUGAAAUUGGGUGAGCUAAGAGAUCGAAAUUGGAGCAUUGUCGCCUGCUCGGUGAUUGAUGGUAAAGGCAUCAACGAAGGCAUGGAUUGGCUUUCGUGA